AACACAUCCCAUGCAUACAACAUUUUGACCUUUUUAUUUAAGAAUUAGAGUAGAGUUAAAGAUAGGAGAAGUGAUCAGAAGUCACCAUGCACACACAGACGAAUCUAAUGUUUCUCAUUGCAGUCAUUGUGUCCCUCAUGCUUUCUCAAGGGGAGUCGCAACCAUGCGGGCCAUCAAGCAUCGACGUCCAGCAGAUGAACACCGGGAAGAAGGUCGGCACGCUCGACACGGUGUUCCGGGUGACGGUGGAGAACAGGUGCGUUUGCACGGUGAAGGCCGUCGUCGUCCAAGCCAAUGGCUUCACGAGCUCCAUCCCCGUUGACCCCAGGCUAUUCCGAAAGGCUGGGGACACAAGCUAUGUCGUCGGUGAUGGACAGCAGAUUGCGAGCACCAAUUCUGUCAUGUUUGAAUAUGCCUGGAGCCACUACUUCCAGAUCACUCCGGCUAGCGUGCAGGUUGAAUGCUAAGCUGAUUUAAGACAUGUACUUCCUUUGUCGCAAAAAUAUUGUAGGAAAAAUAAAAUUGUUAUUGUUAUCGCCGGUGAAGUUGCAUAAUGAUUGGAUUAAUAAAUUAAGGAUUAAUUGGUGUAUGACCACUGAAAAUAUAUAAAUGUAUGUUUGAUUGACUUAUUUAAUUUUAGAGGAAAA